UUGUAUUUUUUUAUGGCCAACUGUAGAUUUAAAAAGAAGAAGAAGAAAAAGAAGGGAGAUAAACAAAUGGUACAAAAUGAAGAAGGUGCGAUUAAUGAUAAAGCUACAUUGAAUUUUGAUAAGUUGUACGAUGAGGUACUUCAUGACAAUUACCAGCAUUUGAAUAAAAACGAAAAAAGGGAUUCUAAUUUAAAUGAAGAUGAAUGGACACAAAGAGUUCCUAUUGACGAUGCCUCUGCAGAUGGCUCUUUAUUUAAAAAGAAGAAGAAAAAGAAGGGAGAUAAACAAAUGGUACAAAAUGAAGAAGGUGCGAUUAAUGAUAAAGCUACAUUGAAUUUUGAUAAGUUGUACGAUGAGGUACUUCAUGACAAUUACCAGCAUUUGAAUAAAAACGAAACAAGGGAUUCUAAUUUAAACAAAGAUGAAUUGACAAGAAGGAUUCCUUUUGGUGAUGCCUCUGAAGAUGGCUCUUUGGUUAUGAAAAAGAAGAAGAUAAAGAAGGGAGAUAAACAAAUGGUACAAUAUUAUGAAGAUUCAAUACACAAAAAAGCUCCAAUGAAUGUAGAGAAGUUUUAUGUUGAGUCCUUUCAUGCCAAUUACCAGCAUUUGAAUAAAAACGAAGCAAGGGGUUAUAAUUUAAAUGAAGAUGAAUGGACACAAAGAGUUCCUAUUGACGAUGCCUCUGCAGAUGGCUCUUUAUUUAAAAAGAAGAAGAAGAAAAAGAAGGGAGAUAAACAAAUGGUUAAAGAUUCAAUGAACGAUAAAGCUGCGUUGAAUGUAGACACGUUUUAUAAUGACACCCUAACUAAUGACAAGAUUUUGAAUAAGGACAAAACAAGAGAUCUUUAUUUAAACAAAGAUGAAUGUACAAGAAGGAUUCCUGUUGCUAAUGCUUCAGAAGGUGACUCUUUGUUAAAAAGUCAAUUAAAAAACACUAAGAAAAAGAAGAAAAUAUCUAAGGUUGUAAAUAAUAAAGAAGUAAUGUCACCGAAAAAAUCGAAUAAACGUAAACGACGGACGUAUUUUAAAGAAUAUUCGAAGAACGAUACCCCUCAAUCAGUGGAUACGGAUAUGGAGACAUAUGUUACUAAUAAUUAUAUUGGAGAAGACGUUACUAAGAAAUUAGAAUUUAUUGAUUCUUUGGACGAUCAGACGUCGGGAUAUCGCACCAUGACUGACACAAGUAUGUAUUUUGGCCUAUAUUGUAAUCAAACGUCUAACAACGCCUACGGUGUACAUGGUCACGAAAAUGUUUUCACUGGAAAAACUCCUCUCUGGUGCGACGUUUGCUUUAAAACAUUUACCUACAUAUCCCAAUUGGUUAUACAUAAAAGAACGCACACCGGCGAGAAACCAUAUGGCUGCAAUUUUUGUGGAAAAUCGUUUUCCGCGCAAAGUCAUUUGGUUCGACAUAUAAGAACACACACCGGUGAGAGACCAUAUGCCUGCAAUUUUUGUGGAAAAUCGUUUUCCACGCAAACUCAUUUGGUUCGACAUAUAAGAACGCACACCGGUGAGAGACCAUAUGUGUGCAAUGUUUGUGGCAAAUCAUUUGCCAGACAAGAUAGUUUGGUUAUACAUAAUAGAACACACACCGGCGAAAAACCAUUCGAGUGCGGUUUUUGUGGAAAAAAAUUUUCAUCAAGCAGUGGCUGUAGAACACAUACACUAGGUGUUCAUAAGGAAUAUUUAUGAACUAUUAUUGUCGUAUGAUCCAUUAUCAAGAAAAAUAAACUAUAAACAUCAAAUUAUAUAUGAAAAUGUCCCAUCAUCGCAGUAAGGGUUCUCGACUUAUAAAACGCGAUCAAAGUAUCACUUCAUCUUAAACGUUUAAAUACCUAUGCUUGGGCAUAAGCAAAACCAUAUGGUUCACACUGUCGACGACGAUCACUCGUUGUGUAGUAGCUUCAAUGCUCACUGUCUGGCGAUGUUGUUGCGUGCACUUUACAUUUAUGAAUGUAUUGCUUCUCCUUCCACUGUUUAAUAUCAAUGAAAAUAUUUCUACUCCAGAAUGCUUUUGUAAGUGGAUAGCGAAUCUUGCCUACUAAAAUUAUAUUUUGUACAUAUUAGUUAUGACUUAUAUGUUAUACCCUUAGACUGUAGUCCAAUUUGAUUAAAUACAAAUAAAAUUCAGUUUGUACAGAAUUAGGUUUUUGUUGU